UCGCGGCAUUACGUGCCACCAAGUAACGGAGCGCGGACGCGGAAUAGAGCGUAUCGCGUGUCGUCUCCGUAUUUCGCGGCACCGAGGCUCCGAAACGGCGAAGAAAAGCGUCAGUCGCGUGUCGACCAGCAGACAGGUCGGUAGAGAUCGAGCGAGCGGAUAUCUCUCAUCCUUCUGCAUCCUCUCACGAGCGCGAUUACACCUUCGCCGAAAGACUGAUGACUGAAAACAUCCACGUAGACGGUCGCCGCACACGGAUUCCGAUAUCCGGAACCUGUACGAAUCUCCGAUCCGGUCCCGCCGUCGAUUCGAAUUGAACGAAAUUACAUUAGUCACGAUGUCGUAAAUAAGUUACUCGCAAUCAGUGGCGCGCGUUGAACAACACCGAUCGGCUCGUCGAGGAUGUUGACCUGGUAGCGGGUGUCGAUCGACAGGAAAAUCGCUCGCUUGCGGGAAUCCAACGGCUGACGUUUGCACCUGACGGCGAGCAUUCGACAUAGACGAACGUUUUUUUUUUUUCGAUUGUUACCGUCGCUGUCGUCAUUCAGCAGUGAUUCAGUGAAUGGACUUUAUGAGUGACCAUUGUCAAAGCUCGGCAGCAUCCGCGCGCCGAAAGACACAAGUGUCCGAUGAUGACAAAUCGUUCUCCAAUGGAUCGCACGUGACCACCGCAAUCUCUUAGGAUAUCGUUUGAUUGCCGCCAAGAAGAAUUUGUGUAGAAAAGACCGGAUUUCGAAAGGAGUGGCAGGAUGCCGAAAGAGAACAUGUGGCGGCAAAGGAGAGUGCCUGUUCCCAAGAGGACGAUCGAGCUGAUCGCUUUAGUAGCGAUAUCUAGUACACUCUCUCUCUUUCUACACACGAGAGAUCUACAUUCACGUCUGAAAAAAAUGGAAGUACGUCUUCAACCGGGGGAGGAUGAUGUGCUCUCGGCAAAUCAGCUCUCAUCAGACGGUAUCCAAACGGAUUCUGAAUCAAACAGUAUCGUCCAUUAUCCAAAUGUACAACGUAUUUUCGUGGAAAAGUACGAGGAUGAAGAAGCGCUCGAUAUCGACACCCUCAACAAUACCAAGAGAGCUGACCGGCAGGGUCUGUUCUUUAAUCGUGUGCCGAAAGUCGGUUCACAGACCUUUAUGGAGCUAUUGAGGAGGCUGUCAAUAAGGAAUGCAUUUUCGUUCAACAGGGACCGCGUGCAGCGGGUUGAGACUAUACGUCUCGCGCCGAUCGAGCAGUUACAUCUCGCCAGGAUGGUCAGCAGUUAUUCGGAACCGUCUGUUUACGUGAAGCACGUCUGCUUUACUAACUUCACAGAAUUCCAUCUACCGGAGCCGAUUUAUAUCAACAUAGUACGCGAUCCUGUGGAAAGGGUCAUAUCUUGGUAUUAUUACGUAAGAGCACCAUGGUACUAUGUGGAGAGGAAGCAGAUCUUCCCGGAUCUACCGUUGCCCGAUCCCAAUUGGCUCAAAAAGGACUUCGAGUCGUGCGUAUUGAAGGGCGAUCGAGAGUGCAGAUAUUUGCAGGGUGAGAUCCACGAGGGCAUCGGCGAUCAUCGUAGACAAACUCUCUUCUUUUGCGGACACAGUGAAAAGUGCACCCCUUUUAAUACCGUUGGUGCUUUGGAGCGAGCCAAGUUGGCGGUGGAAAAGCAUUACGCGGUAGUUGGCGUUUUGGAAGAUAUAAAUACAACUCUUACGGUACUAGAAAACUACGUACCACGAUUUUUCCAGGGAGCUACCGAUGUUUACUAUGAUCAAGUAAAUUCCUUUACGAGGAUCAAUCGAAAUUUCUUUAAACCGCCAGUCAGCGAAGAAGUGAAGAACUUGGUGCGCAGCAACUUUACUCGCGAGGUCGAAUUCUACCAAUUCUGCAAGCAGCGACUUUAUAGACAAUACAGAGCUCUCAAGUUGCAAUCGAAUGUUCCGCAAUCGUAAUGUGAUUUUUAAAAAGAACAUCUUUUCUAUCUGUUAUCACAUGCGAAGGCAAUUAUUAAAUUACGUAAAAAACAUUGUACGUACAAAGAACAAUAG